ACACGGAAUGACUGAUGAGGGUGUGGGUGUGGGUGUGUGGGUGUGGGGUGUGGGUGUGGGUGUGGGUGUGUGGGUGUGGGUGUGGGGUGUGGGUGUGUGGGUGUGGGGUGUGGGUGUGUGGGUGUGGGGUGUGGGUGUGGGUGUGGGUAUGGAUGUGUGGGUGUGGGUGUGAGAAAAAUAUAUACCCACACCGACACUCAUACCCUUCUGUUACGUUUUUCUCUCCUGCUCAAGCGGUAGAACGCCGCAUCAUAGUCAAUUUGCUGUUGAUAUUCUCUUACAUUUGUACGCUUUUUUUUAUUAUUCAACACAAUUAUGAUAAAUAAACCAUGUAUCUAUCAAGUACUCGAAUCGCUUUUACAUUUUACACUUUCGAGAUUUUCGAGAUUUUCGAGAUUUUGUAUCUCGAGAUUCUUGCUUUUCGAGAUUUUGCACAUUCGAGAUUUUUUUUUUCUGGAUGUGCGAUUUUCGAGAUUUUUAUCAUUCGAGAUUUUGCAUGUUCGAGAUUUUGCCUUUCGAUCUUUUUUUUUCGAGAUUUUACCUUUCGAUCUUUUUCCUUUCGGGCAAUUAACACUGAUUCGAGUAUUCGAGUAGCCAGACUUAUGACAACAUCUAGAACUUGAGCAUAGUGCCAUUUCUCUCUAGUAAAUGAUAUAAGGCUGAAAAUUUCAGAGAACAAUAAAGGUCUGUGGGAUAAUCUAUUCUGUAAGUUUGAAGUCGAUCUGUCAAACUUUCACUGAUUUAUGAAGUACACAACUGGAUAGGUCGGUUUUGCCACAUAUCGAUUCUUACAGUAAAAUAGUUCUAGUUCAACAACGACUUAUUAAAUUUUAAUGAAACUUUUAUCACAGAUAGCCAAAGUGUAGAGCUACAAAAUGAAACUAGCCCCGACUCAUAAAAUCUUUCUGUUCCUGGGUUAUGAAGUCCACAAUGCAGACAGAAUGCAUACAUUAUAACUUUCUUAUACUUCAUGCAAUCGGGUUGCGAGUGGUGUCGUUGAUCAGCAUUCGUCGAGAACUAUAUGCACACUAGUUUUCAGAUCUACAGCCCAUAUUGUGACUGAGAUCCAAUGGGGGGGGGGGGGGGGAUACUUUUGUCGGGUACUGUACAUUAAUAGCUAUGUCUUGACCAUAAGAAAUUCCAUUUCAUAUCACAUCUCUGUCAAUACACAUUCAGGAUGUAAAAUGCAAUAAGAUAUGGCAUUGUUCAAGUUCUCAAUAGUAAUAUUAUUGAGACUACAAUGAAUAUAAAAAGCUAUCAUGUUUAUAACCAGAUUCGAAGUUUUUUGUUUACUCUUGUUGAGUAUGCUAAUAGAAAAUAUGCGAAAGUAUGUUUCUUAAAUCUUUUCAAUUAAAACCGUAUUUUUGUUCGUACGAAGUAAAUUAUGAAUAAAAUCCAUUUUAUAAACUGCUUUCAAAUAUCUCGUCGGUUUUUGUUGUUUUUCGAACCGAAUGAUUUCCGUCCUGCAUAGUUAUCGUUCAAAAUGAUGAAAUCAAAGAAGAAAUUGUAAAUGAUGAUGAAGGUAUACCACUGAUAGCACGUUGUGCAUACGAUAGAAAUUUUGAUUUUGACACAAUUCGACGUCCAGCAUGGAAUAUCCUUGAUCAUCUAUUGUUUGUUGGAGAUGAUGCUAUUGAAAAAACAUAUGAAAUUGAUUACUUAAUGGAUGAUAUUCAUAUGCUAUCAUCUUCGAACAAUCUCCAUUUGAGUUCAAUAACUAAACGUAUGCAAUUUAAAAUUGAACAAGAAGCAAAUUAUAUUAUUAACCAAAACCGUGAAGAGGACGAAGAUAAACUCCAUAAUGCACCGAUUAAAGUAUUUGAUGAAAAAAAAGCUAUUUAUCAGUAUAUCCGUGGAGAUUAUCGAUUCAAUCUAUCUGGUAUGCAAUCACGUGAACCAUCUGAUUUAAUGAUUAGUUAUUGUUCUUCUGACAAAAAACUUUGUUUGAUUAUUUAUAAUAAAUUGAAAGAAUCUAAAAUGUAUCGUAUAUCAUUCGAUGAAGCAAAUGAUCAUGAGUCGAACCCGAUAGCAAUGGCUGAUAGUGUUGGACGAUCAUCGAUUAUACUCGUUUGUUUUUCAAAUAAAUAUCGACAGUCGAAUGCAAGUCGAUUAGAAGCUGAAUUUGCUAAAAAACGAAAACGAAAAAUUAUUCCAAUUCGGGUAGAACGUUAUUAUGAACCAACUGGAGGAUGGUUAUUAAGCAUUAUUGAUGAUCGAGAAUGCGUCGAUUUUACACAAGGCAACUUUAUAUAUGCGUACAAUAGACUGAUUGAACAUAUCGAUAUCGCAAUUGACGAUGAUUAA